GACUUUGAUCAGAACAUUAUUUGAUGACCAUCCACCAAUGAACCUUAUCUCCGCUGAGUUCAAUAUUCCAAUACAAGAAAAAUAGUGGGUAGGGUUGCUCUACAGUCUCAUACACAGACAGAGACAUUCCAAUGGAGAUUCAAGCAUUAAGCCAACUCUGUAAUUCUCCAUCUCUGCUCUCACUUCACAGACAAAGACAAUUUUCCUCGCAUAGGGUAUCUCCAUUCCCUCGGAGAAGCCUCUGGCGUGGACAGGGCAAUCCUUACCUCAAACACGGCGUGAGUGUACAAUGUGCCCUAACGAAGAACAUGAAGGAAGAAAUUGUUGGCGAUGUGAUAAAGCAGCUGGAGAAUUGCCACCUUAUAGCAAGCAUAAAAUACAAGGGUUUAACAGUGAAACAAUUUACUGACUUGAGGAAGUCCCUUCCAGAGUCUACUAAACUGCUUGUGAUUAAGAACAGGCUUGUUAUUAAAGCUAUUGAGGGCACCCAAUUUGAGGCUUUAAAACCUUGCAUGAAGGGACAGAAUGCAUAUAUGUUUGUUCACUCUGAAGAAAUACCAGUGGCGCUGAAGCCUUACAGGGACUUUCAGAAGCAGGAGAAACUUGAGGCGAAUGAUUUUGUUGGGGCUGUUUUUGAGGGGAAAUUCUAUCCUCCCGAGGAGUUUAAGGCACUUGAGACCAUGCCCACAAGGGCUGAAAUCUAUAGCAAGCUCUUGGGCUCCCUUCAGAGUCCUGCAAUAAGUGUUCUCAGCACCCUUCAGGCUCCUGCGAGGGACCUGGUGUUUACAUUGAAAGCUUAUGUCCAAAAACUUGAGGAAGAAGCCGGAAGUACAACAAUUUCAUAGACGUUAGUGGAUGGGGAUGGAAUUGUGAAUUUUAUUUUUGUUAAUGGAAACAGUUCAAUGUUUUAUCCUAGUGGAUUAGCAUGAGCAAUGUUGUAUUUUCUGUCUUUAUUCUACGCAUAUGCUAUUAGGGCAUUACUACAUUUUCUUAAUUCAAUCUAAUUAGCCGACUAAUUACUUUCUA